AUGACUCAAGAAACGCAAUCCGCGCCGGCGAGUCAGUCCCCAACCUCCCACCCUCUGGUCCAGGGAAUCGAUAUCUAUAACCCGGAUGCCGCGCAUGAAGGGAAUGCAGCGUUACUGAGGGCAUUCCCAAUUGAUCGCAAUGUCUUUCGCUUGUUUGCACGGUCCCCCGGUCUCUUCCCACCGAUCCUGGACACCCUCAAUGCGCUGUUGGACGGCAAGACACGCACGAUCCAGAUUCUAGACUACCAGCUCGUUGUUCUCCGCAUGGCUGGCACCGUGGGUGCUGAAUACCUGUUUGGCAUCAAUGAGCCCGUGUCGCGUGUGCACGGCAUGGGCGACGAGAGGAUCGAAGCACUGCGGAAGGGGUUGAAAUCGGAAGAGCUGUUCGCCAUGGGCAUUUGGACCGAGCGACAGCAGUGUAUCAUCACUCUGGUGGACGAGUCGGUGGCCACCUGGACCAACACGGAAGAAACGAUUGCUUGGGCAAAGACUCUGAUGACCGACGAUGAGAUCGUCGAGGUGUUCAUCGUCUUGGGGUUCUAUUCCAUGAUCGCUCGCAUCACCCGAGGCCUCAGGGUCCAGAAAGACAAACCCAUUCCCCAUUUAAACCAGUCAAUUGUGGAGAAAAUCACCAAGAACAGCAGUGAUUUACAGCCAAUUAGCCUCGAGCAGCGGUAG